AUGGCGAAAAUUCGGAAGGACAAAAUCUGGCGGUGGCGCUGCCAAUGGAGCGUUGUGACCGCCGCCGCGGUGGCUUUAGUGGUGUACAACGCGGCCGCCAACAUCUGGCUGUUGCGGCCGCAGUCGUGCCCGACCCGCAGCCUGCCCUCGCCGAGCCCCACGCCCGCGUGCGAGCCGUGCGCGGACGCGGUGAGCUCGGCGCCCAACGACGACCCCGUCGCGCGCGUCGACCUCCGCUUAGGAAGGUGGGACGCCUCCCGCGCCUACCGCCUGUUCGACUACGCGGCCGUCGGCGACGACUACGCGGAGUCCGGCGCCCGCGUGUGCCUCGCCACCCAGAGCUCGAUAGAGCGGCUGCACGAGCUGCUGCGCAUAGCGGCGCACUGGUCCGGCCCGAUUUCCGUGGCGGUGUUCGUGGCCGGCGACGAGCUGCGGCUGCUGCGCGCCUUCGUCACGUGGCUGUUCCGCUGCCAGCCGGAGGUGUACGCCCGGCUGGCCGUGCACGUUGGCACGCCGGCUGGCAGGCCGGGCGCGCAGGGCUCGGUGCCGGAGUGGGCGCGCGACUGCGGCGCGAAGCCCUUGCCGCCCGGCGAGCGGCGGGCGGACACGGUGGCGUGGAGGGCGCGCAACCCCUACCCGCAGAACCAUCUGAGGAACCUCGCCAGGCGGAACUGCCACGCCCCCUACGUGUUUCUGGUGGACGUGGACAUAGUGCCGUCCAGAGGGAUGGCGGAGUCGCUGGACAAGUUCCUCGCCGACGCGCCCAAGUGCGCCCUCUGCGCGUACGUGGUGCCCACUUACGAGCUGGACAAGAGAGUGGCGAAUUUCCCCCCGAACAAAUCCGAACUGCUGAGGCUGUCGAGGAAGAAACUGGCGAUACCUUUCCAUAGGAAAGUGUUCAUCUACAACCAGUACGCGUCUAAUUUUUCAAGGUGGGAGGCGAGCGGUGGAAACGAGAGCUCGGCGACCCACGUGAGCCACAACGUGACCAACUUCGAGCUGCUCUACGAGCCGUUCUACGUCGCACCGGAUACGGUGCCGCCCCACGACGAGCGCUUCCUCGGCUACGGGUUCACGAGGAACACGCAGGUGAGACGCCCUCCAGCCUGGACCCGGUUCCUGGGA